GCUUCGUAACUGAGGUUUAAGACCUGAAAACAUUUCUCCUUUUUCCUCUAUCAGAGUCCAAAAUGGAAUCGUCCAUCCUCCUUCGACCGUAUUCUUCACCUUCUCUUACUCUUCUCCCGCCACCUCUUCCUCACCAAUACAAAAUCUCCAGAAAAAAUCUUAACUUUAAAUCCACAAACCUGUCGGUCAAAGCUUCGGUCAAUGGUAUCAAUUCCGUGGUGACAUUAUUGGAUUAUGGGGCGGGAAAUGUUAGAAGUAUCAGAAAUGCAAUUCGAGUUCUUGGUCAUGAAAUUAAAGAUGUGCUAACACCAGAAGAUAUUCUGAAUGCGGAUCGCCUUAUUUUUCCUGGUGUUGGGGCCUUUGCGGCGGCAAUGGAUUUUCUGAAUCAGAAUGGGAUGGCCGAAGCACUGUGUAGAUACAUAGAAAAUGAUCGUCCUUUUCUAGGCAUUUGUCUUGGACUUCAGCUACUUUUUGACUCUAGUGAGGAGAAAGGAACAGUAAAAGGUUUGGGCCUGAUACCUGGUGUGGUUGGACGUUUUGACUCAUCCCAUGGUGCCAGAGUACCCCAUAUUGGUUGGAACGCUCUGCAGAUCAAAAAGGACUCAGAAAUUUUGGAAGAUGUUGAUGGCCAGCAUGUCUAUUUCGUUCACUCCUAUCGUGCAAUGCCUUCCAAUGCAAACAAUGAGUGGAUCUCAUCAACAUGCAACUAUGGUGACGAUUUCAUUGCGUCUAUUAAAAGGGGAAAUGUGCAUGCAGUUCAGUUUCACCCAGAAAAGAGUGGAGAUGUAGGCCUUUCCAUAUUAAAAAGAUUCUUGCACUCAAAAUCUUCCAUUUCAAAGAGGCCAACCCAAGGAAACGCUUCAAAACUUGCCAAGAGAGUAAUUGCAUGCCUUGAUGUUAGGACAAAUGAUAAAGGCGACCUUGUUGUAACCAAAGGCGAUCAGUAUGAUGUGAGAGAACAUACAAAGGAGAACGAGGUCAGAAAUCUCGGCAAACCAGUGGAACUUGCUAGGCAAUACUAUCAAGAUGGGGCUGAUGAGGUUAGUUUUCUGAAUAUAACAGCAUUCCGGGACUUCCCUCUUGGCGAUUUACCUAUGCUGAAGGUAUUGCGUCUCGCAUCCGAAAAUGUUUUUGUACCACUGACAGUCGGUGGUGGCAUUAGAGACUUCACUGAUGCAAAUGGAAGGCACUAUACUAGCUUGGAAGUUGCAUCGGAGUACUUCAGGUCUGGUGCAGAUAAGAUCUCCAUCGGGAGCGACGCAGUUUAUGCUGCUGAAGAAUAUUUAAGAACUGGAGUGAAGACUGGAAAGAGUAGUCUGGAGCAGAUUUCUCGUGUUUAUGGUAAUCAGGCAGUGGUUGUAAGUAUUGACCCACGUAGAGUUUACCUCAAAACUCCUGAAAAAAUAGAGUUCAAAGCUGUAAAAAUUACAAAUCCAGGUCCUAACGGAGAGGAGUAUGCGUGGUAUCAAUGCACAGUAAGCGGCGGGAGAGAGGGCCGGCCUAUUGGUGCAUUUGAACUUGCUAAAGCCGUUGAAGAGCUAGGAGCUGGGGAGAUACUACUGAAUUGCAUUGACUGUGAUGGUCAAGGCAAAGGGUUUGAUAUAGACCUAAUAAAGCUGAUAUCCGAUGCUGUUAGCAUCCCUGUAAUAGCAAGUAGUGGAGCAGGUAAACCAGAACAUUUCUCAGAGGUUUUUGAGAAAACUAAUGCUUCAGCUGCCCUUGCUGCCGGAAUAUUUCACAGGAACGAGGUUCCGAUUCAGGCUGUGAAGAAACACUUGUCAAAGGAAGGAAUUGAGGUUAGAACGAAUGUUGCCACAAGCUUAACACAAGCUGUUCAGCCAUCUACCAUCUAAUUUAAGAAAAACAGAAGUUGAAAGUUUUGUUGUAGGAAAAGAUCUAAAUUCAUAUAGCGUUUUCAGUAGAAAAACAUAUCGUUCAAUGAAGUCUAAACAUCUGCAGGUUUGUUUUCCUCGAAUGAAUUCGGAAAUUUUAUUAGUCAGGAGCACUCUUUAUCUUUGAAAAUAAUUUCUCAUUGGUUUUCAGUUCUGAAAACAUUUUCCUGUGUGACAUUUUUCUAUGUAUCAUAUUCUCGUAUGGAAUGGUCACAAGAAUUUUUUGUGCAA